UCUGUCUCCAGGAGGGUCAACAGCUGAAGCAGAGCGUACGUAAAGCGCAAAGCAAAGGCUCUCCAUGACUCUUGACUCCAUCCAUCCCGAUCCAGUGCAGCUUCAGCUUCAGCUUCACCGAGCGAGUGUCACACACACACACACACACACCCAGCUGAAGCACAUCUCCAAGAAAAGCUUUAAAGCUCCAGUGCUCCACACAGCAGCUCGCGGUGGUUCGCGCGCCCUACCCAACAUUUCCGAACACAACACAGGCAUCGUCUGCCAUGGGCACCGGCGACGACGACACCAAGCCCGCUGCCAUGGAGGUGACCUCCACCUCCUCGCCGCCGUCGCUCCCCUCCCCGGCGGCGCCACCGCCGUCGCUGCUGCGCUCCGUGCUGCUGUCGUACGCGUACGUGGGGAUCUGGAUGAGCCUGAGCUUCUCGGUGAUCGUGUACAACAAGUACAUCCUAGACCCGAAGCUGUACAACUGGCCGUUCCCGAUCUCGCUCACCAUGAUCCACAUGGCCUUCUGCGCGCUCCUGGCCACGACGCUCGUCCGCGUCCUCCGCGUCGUCGACGUCCCGUCCUCCUCCGCUCCUCACCAGCAGCAGCAGGCCAUGACGCCGCGCCUCUACGCCUCCUCCGUGCUCCCCAUCGGCGCGCUCUACGCGCUCUCGCUCUGGUUCUCCAACUCCGCCUACAUCUACCUCUCCGUCUCCUUCAUCCAGAUGCUCAAGGCGCUGAUGCCCGUCGCCGUCUACUCCCUCGCCGUCGCGCUCCGCACCGACGCCUUCCGCCGCGCCUCCAUGCUCAACAUGCUCGCCAUCUCCGCGGGCGUCGCCGUCGCCGCCUACGGCGAGGCGCGCUUCGACGCGUUCGGCGUCGCGCUGCAGCUGCUCGCCGUCGCCGCCGAGGCCACCAGGCUCGUGCUCAUCCAGAUCCUCCUCACCUCCCGGGGCGUCGCGCUCAACCCCAUCACCUCGCUCUACUACGUCGCGCCCUGCUGCCUCGCGUUCCUCGCCGUCCCCUGGUACGCCGUCGAGCUGCCCAGGCUGCGCGCCGCCGCGCUCGCCCGCCCCGACGUCUUCGUCUUCGCCACCAACUCGCUCUGCGCCUUCGCGCUCAACCUCGCCGUGUUCCUGCUGGUCGGCAAGACCUCCGCGCUCACCAUGAACGUCGCCGGCGUCGUCAAGGACUGGCUGCUCAUCGCCUUCUCGUGGACGGUCAUCAAGGACACCGUCACGCCCGUCAACCUCGCCGGCUACGGCAUCGCCUUCCUCGGCGUCGCCUACUACAACCACGCCAAGCUGCAGGGGCUCAAGGCCAAGGAGGCCGAGAGGAAGGCGGCGGCCAAUACGGACGAUGACACGGAGGCAGGCACGCGGCUGCUGCCGCCGGACAGCAAGGACGGCGCCGGCGACCACAAAAUUUGAUGAUCCGAUCGAGCACUGGACAUGCUGUAGAAACGCAAAGGAUCAAGCGAGAUAUAACUGGAAGGAAUUUUGUGCAUGGUGAAAAGCUUAGUUCUUGUAGCAUGCUGAUUUAAAUGAUUUAGAUGUUGUACCAUCGUUUCGGUUGGUUACCAGAGUAGCAGUCUUAAUUGGUUUUUAAUUGUACUGUACUCCCUUUAUGUAAUUCCUAGUCAUGAAUAAUUAAGUUCGCAACAAGGUAGUCACAAGCUACGAAA